CAAUAACAAAGUGAUAACAGUAAGUCCCACCCAUUUUUUCUGGACAUCAUUAAUAAUAAUAAUAACCGCACUGCAUUCUCUGAAGAGCCCAAAAAAUCAAAAUUUUAAAUAAUGUCGUUGCAUUGCCGGUCAUGUGGUAAAAUAAUAUAUAGCCAAAAUCCAUUAAAUAUCUUUGAAGGGACCAGAAAAAUUGUAAAGAAAUUCGCUUUGCUGACGGGCAUCUGGCUAACUGAUCAACUGUAUUUACCUAAAAAUAUAUGCGCCUGCUGCCAUGUUAGUCUAAACAGAGCCAUUGCAUUUCGAGAGCUGUGCAUUAAAACCAACAAUAUACUCUCCAACCAAUUAGAAACGCCGGAAACCAAAGAAUAUGAAGAUUUGGCUAAUAUACUAAGUGACAGAGGAGGAAGUGAUACCUCGGUGGAAGACGACCAAGAUGUCUUAUGGAAAGAACAGAAGGAUUUUGAGGAAGAGGAAAUAUAUCGUGCCUACAUGGAGGAAAUGGAGAGAGGGCAGGACAGCUGUGUUGGGUACAUUCAAGAGCAGGACGAAUUAUACGAUACAAGUGAAGAUGAUAUUGAUAGCAAUGGCGACAGUAUGGCAGCCUCAAUUGUAGAAACCACAAGACAAUCUGUCGAAAAAGAAGAAGUAUCACAUAGCCCACAAAGUAAUUAUGUUCGUUCAAAGAAAAGGCAGCAAGGAAAGAGCAAGGGCGCUAAAAUAUAUUUUUGUGAUCAGUGCGGCAGGCAAUUCAAUGAUAAGGGAAACCUUAAUCUGCACCUGGUCCGUCAUUCUGGCGUACGGCCAUUUCAGUGUCCAGAAUGCGAUCGGAGGGAAUUCAGCACGUACCUCCUGAAAAUUCACAUCCGUGUCAAGCAUCGUGGAGAGAAACCUUUUGCCUGCAAGUUUUGCGACGAACGGUUCGUGAACAGCACCAAACGAACUCGCCACCAAACGAUGCACGGUAACAAGGUGAUAAACAAGACUCAUACAUGUUUACAUUGCGGCAUUUGCUUCGAGAGCAAAUCCCAUUUAAAAAUACAUGAAGUCGUUCACUCUGGAGAACGCAAUUUUCACUGCGAAAUUUGCAACAUGUCCUUCACGCGCAGCUUUAACCUGAAAACACACUUCCGGUCAAAGCAGCAUAGAAAGAAAGUGGUUUCAAAAAUUGAGCGCAAAAGGAGUUAGAACAACGGAAAUUCGGAAAUGAAACUACUAAGAGGCUUAUAAUAAUUUUUCAAAUAAAUAUUUAUUCAAGAAAAUGUUUUUUAAUUGCCGAAAGCAUCCAUAAUUUUAGUCACUUA